UUCUAUAUUGUUUCUUCCCACAAGACAAGGUACCAGAAUAUAUAUUUUCGUUUCGUAGAAAUCGUUGAGGCAAGUCCUUCAGUACAAAAAUGUCUCUUUAUCGAGGGCUCCUUAAAUCUGAAAAGGUCAUUCAUCAGAUUCAGAAGCAUGGCUUUAAAUCAUCUGUUGUAUGCCGUGGAGAACCUGGUGCACUGACACCUAGACAAAAAGUGAUGGCAAACCAAGCAUCAAUGGACCACAUGUUAGUUCCAAGUGGAAGCUGGCAAGAAAAUUAUAAUGCGAAACAGCCCAUGUACAAUCUAAACUUGCUCCUGUCGACAGUUGCAAUGCUUGCUGCUUCUUAUGCUUUCUUAUCCAGAAAAUUCGUAUAUACGCCAGAUUACAGCAAACCAAUCGAUUUGAAGGAGAUCUACGGAUAAACAAUGAUCAAUACAAAUUAAUCACUCGGAAAUUAUUUUAAGUUAUUAGUGUUUCACAGAUUUUGUUUUCAAAGAAAAAUUCUAUGACUAAAUAUCUUAUAAAACAAGACCACAGAAAGUUAAUAAUUCUUUAACUAAGUAUAUUCUUUAAGAAGACUCUGAAAUUGUAAUAUUGGAAUGUUUAGAACAGGUGUACUUUUUAUGAUUGAUUGAAAUAAAUUUGACAAUAUUUUAAACAUU